GUGUGCUCUAGUUAGUUGUUACUAUGUUAUAAUCAAGAUCUCAACUUUUUUUCCUUGUAUAUAUCGUAGUCGCUAGCUCUUCUUUUGACCUUCUCAUGACAUAGUCAAAUUUCUGAAUAUUUAUCCAAAGUUCAACACUUUUUCUCUCUCUUGGGGUACUUUGGCUUUUGCUCUAUCUUAUUCAAUCUAUAUCCAUGGCUGCUCAUUACUUCUUGAGGUUGAUAUAAUUUAUUUUUUUUACUAUAGUUCUUUGCUGAUUACAUGAAGUAUUUGAUUGAUAUUCUUGUGUUUUUUUAGAGUUUUUAUUUCAAGUUUAGUUCUAGCUACUUAGAUGGUAUUUUGGGUUCAUCUUGUAUUCUUGAUUUGCUAAGCUUGAACAAGUUCUUGAUUUUAGUAUUUUUGGACUAAUUUGGAGUUGAUAAAAGGAGGGGUUUGACUUUUUGGGUUUUGGAAUCAAGAUCUUGUUGAAUUUUUGAAGGGGCAUUAUGUUAAAAAUAAGAUCUUGAUGUUGAAAGUGGAGGGGUUAAUAAAGAGAGAGUGAGGAAUUGAAAGCAGUAAGAGUUUGUACUAAAUGGGGAACACUUGUGUUGGACCAAGUAUUUCUAAAAAUGGUAUCUUUCAGUCAGUUUCAGCUGCAAUGUGGCGAACUCGGGUGCCAGAUGAUUCUGGUUCCACCACUAAUGAUGAUAGUGCCAGAGGUGAAACAGCAGAAUCUGGAAAGGACCCUGAUUUGGUUGUCCAAAGUAAGCCACCAGAACAGAUAACAAUGCCCAAGUCUGAGCAGAAGGAAGAGGAACUGGCGAAAAAGGAAGAGGGACCGGAAAAGCCUAAGAAGCCGGUACAGAUGAAGAGGGUAGGUAGUGCAGGCCUUAGGAUUGAUUCUGUAUUACAGAAGAAAACUGGCAGCUUAAAGGAGUUUUUCAGUAUAGGAAAGAAAUUAGGACAAGGACAAUUCGGAACUACGUUUAAAUGUGUCGAAAAGGCAACAGGGAAGGAGUACGCAUGCAAAUCGAUUGCUAAGAGGAAAUUGUUGACAGAUGAUGAUGUGGAAGAUGUUAGAAGGGAAAUUCAGAUAAUGCACCACUUGGCGGGGCAUCCAAAUGUUAUAUCGAUAAAAGGGGCUUAUGAGGAUGCUGUCGCUGUUCAUGUCGUUAUGGAAUAUUGUGCUGGAGGUGAGCUUUUCGAUAGGAUUAUUCAGCGCGGGCACUAUACAGAAAGAAAAGCAGCUGAGCUCACCAGGACUAUUGUUGGAGUUCUAGAAGCUUGUCAUUCUCUGGGCGUCAUGCAUCGUGAUCUUAAGCCUGAAAAUUUUCUUUUUGUUAAUCAGAAGGAGGAUUCACUACUCAAAACAAUUGACUUUGGAUUGUCAAUUUUCUUCAAACCAGGUGACAGAUUUAAUGAUGUUGUUGGCAGUCCUUACUAUGUUGCACCAGAAGUUCUCAAAAAACGCUAUGGUCCCGAAGCUGAUGUUUGGAGUGCUGGUGUGAUUGUGUACAUUUUAUUAAGUGGAGUACCUCCUUUCUGGGCUGAAAAUGAACAAGGAAUAUUCGAAGAAGUCCUACAUGGUGAUCUCGACUUCUCAUCAGAUCCAUGGCCUAGUAUUUCAGAAGAUGCAAAAGACUUAGUCAGGAGAAUGCUUGUUCGAGAUCCCAAAAAACGUUUAACUGCUCAUGAAGUCUUGUGCCAUCGUUGGGUUCAAGUUGAUGGUGUGGCUCCAGAUAAGCCUCUGGAUUCUGCAGUUCUGAGUCGAAUGAAACAAUUUUCUGCAAUGAACAAGCUCAAGAAAAUGGCUUUGAGAGUCAUCGCCGAAAGCCUAUCUGAAGAAGAAAUUGCUGGUCUGAAAGAAAUGUUCAGGAUGAUAGAUACAGACAAUAGUGGUCAAAUAACCUUUGAGGAGCUCAAAGUUGGAUUAAAAAGAGUUGGCGCUAAUCUCAAGGAGUCCGAGAUCUAUGAUCUUAUGCAGGCAGCAGAUGUUGAUAACAGCGGCACAAUUGAUUAUGGGGAAUUUAUAGCGGCAACAUUACAUUUUAACAAAAUUGAAAGAGAAGAUCAUCUAUUUGCUGCUUUCUCUUACUUUGAUAAAGAUGGCAGUGGCUACAUUACUGCAGACGAGCUUCAACAAGCUUGUGAGGAAUUUGGCAUUGGGGACGUCCAUCUGGAAGAUAUGAUAAGAGAUGCCGAUCAGGACAAUGAUGGACGAAUUGAUUACAAUGAGUUCGUUGCUAUGAUGCAAAAGGGAAAUCCAGUGAUUGGCGGUGGCAAGAAAGGUCUAGAACACAGUUUCAGCACCGGAUUUAGAGAGGCUCUAAGACUUUAGAGCCUUUGCCUUUCGAGAUUUUCUUUUUCUUUAGUUUGGUUGUCUUAAUUUGCUUCAUUUCCUAUGUGGAAAAGUUUUUUGUUUUUAGGAUUGUAUAGUAGAAACUAGUGCUUGCCAAGCAGUAACCUUGCUUUUCCAAUGCACUUCACAUUUUUUCCAGUUUUGCAAAAAAAUCCUUUUUUUCCCUCCCCAACUUUAGCAGUGAACUUACUGAGUUAUCAUGUAUAACUCUGGAGGUAAGGAGAUUAGAAUCCACCUUUUCGUAA